UGAAAAACAAAGCAAGGCUUAUUGGGAUGAUAUUACAAUGGAUGCUUUUAUCAAAGUUUGUGUGACUGAGACUUUGGCUGGAAAUAGACCAAAUAGUGACUUUAACAAGUUGGGAUGGAAAAAUGUGAUAAAAGCCUUCAACAAUUUGACUGGAAGAAACUAUCAAUAUAGGCAACUUAAGAAUAAAUGGAGUUCUCUUAAAAAGGAUUGGCAACUUUGGAAUACCUUGAUUGGGAAAGAGACUGGCCUUGGGUGGGAUCCUAUGAGACAAACCAUCAAUGCAAGCAAUGAAUGGUGGGAUAAGAAAUUGAAGGAGAAUCCUGAAGCAAUAAAGUUUAAAACAAAAGGCUUGAAAAAUGUUGAGCAAUUAGACAUACUUUUCAAAGAUAUUAUUGCUACUGGUGAAGGAGCCUGGGCACCAUCACAAGGCUUUGUAGGACAAGAGGUUGAUGAUUCAUCUAAGGUGGGGGAACACGAAGAUAAUAUAAUAGAAGACCAAGAUGACUCUAGUUGCAAUCCGCCACUUGAUACUAUCUUCAAUGGUUUUGAAGCUACUACUCAACCUUCUAUGGCAAAAAAGAAUGAAGGAAGAAGAAAGAGGAAAAGAAAUGAAACCAAAUCUGAGCUUGUGGCUAUCCAGUUAGAGCGCAUUUGUAGUGCUGUGGAGAAUAGGUCUUCUAUCUCAUCUAAAGGAGAUAAGUCAGGUUGUAGCAUUGCUGAAGUGAUGAAAAUCAUACGUGGGAUGCCUGAAGUGAAGAAUGACUUUGAGUUAUAUAUGAAAGCCAUAGAUAUCAUGGUUGUCAAGGAAAAUAGAGAUAUGUUUGUUGCAUUAGAAGACCCAAUUGAUCAGAUUGCAUGGCUUAAACAUAAACAUGUUUGA